UCUAGCUACGUUCGUGACACGUCUCGACUAAACACGUUAAUCUAGGACUAGGUUUAGCUUGUUCAGUUCAGUACAUGGAGGGUUUUUCUAUCUUUGCUGGGCCUGAAUCACAGGGUUUGUCCGACCAUGAAUUCAAUUCUGAUUUUGAGUAUAUACAGUCAAAUGUACGUGGUCAUGGACAGAUGGGAACAGAUCCCCAAGAAAUAGAGUACUGUGGAUGUUCCUGUCAAGUUCCAUCCUGUGGGCCAUCAUGUCCUUGUCUCAAGCGUUAUGGACCAAACUACACUUUAUCUGGGAAGCUGCUUCAAAGUGAGAACAGACUACCUGAUCAAGCUUCACGUGAUCCAUCAUUUACAUCCUCAAAACCAAUAUUUGAAUGCAAUGCAUCUUGUAAGUGUGGUGAGAAUUGUGUUAAUCGCUUGGUCCAACGUGGCACCCAUCACAAAAUGGAAGUCUUUAAAACUCGUUACAAGGGUUGGGGUGUCCGUGUUUUAGAACCAAUAGAAGAAAAUGAGUUUGUGUGCGAGUAUGUUGGAGAAGUGUUGACAAAAGAGGAAGCAAAGGCAAGGAUGACAAAUCUGAGAAAGGAUGACAUGAACUAUUUAUUUGUUCUCAGGGAAAACUUUGAGGAACACAGCAGAAUAGAAACUUUUAUUGAUGCACGGCUGAAAGGUAAUAUAGCAAGGUUUAUCAAUCAUUCUUGUGAACCUAAUUUAUUCUUGGUUGUUGUCCGUGUCCAUAAUGAAGUUCCCAGAGUGGCCAUGUUUGCAAGGAGAGACAUCACGUUUGGUGAAGAAUUGAGUUAUAAAUACUGUUGGAAUGUAGAUAUACCAUGUGAUUCAGUGAAUGGGGAGACAACUGGUCAAAAUACAGAACUAUCUUCAAAGCAUUGCAUGUGUGAAAGUCAUUCUUGCCUGAAAUAUCUCCCUCGUGAUUUGUCAAUAUACUGAACAUGUUUGUUGUGUUUUACUUUUGGUUUAUCUCACAUGAAAAUUUAGUUGAAACAAAUAAAUUUGUCUUUGAAGUAGGCUG